UGUGCGCCUACCGUUAUGUGAAAAUGAACUUUCGAGAUCCAUGCAAAAAUAUUUCGAUUCCGUCCCAUGUUCUCAUCCCUAACGACAUUCAAAGCCCGAUGCGGAGGAGGUAUGAUGUGGAGAAUCUUCAGACCUUGGGCAUUUGUCCCAAAGACGAUAAGAAAAUGGCAGCAAUCGGUUUGGUUUCAAUUACUGCCAUAUUGUGCUGGAUCAUUAUGGACAUUGGAUCACGUGUCAUGAAAAUGCACCUUAUGGACGAAGCUCAACGUGGUAUCCGCCAAAGUUUGCUCAAAUAUGAACCGGACCCUGUGAACGCUAUCACUGAUUUGUCAUCACGAAAGGAGUCUGAUAUUCCACGAGCUGAGCUGAGACCCCUCUCGUUUUCUCCCGUGGUGUGGGACCGUAUCAAGGACUUUGCUAAGCUACAUCGAAAAAGCGUCCGAGACUCUGCAGGUUUUCCAUGUGCUGCAAUUUGCAAUCCGCUCACAUCAGAUAAUACUUUCACCCCAAUAGGAGGAAAAUUUGGCAGCAUUACUUCCACGUCGUUCCAACGUCCAACCGGAUACGGCACCCAAAUUAAAAAUUCCAUUAUGAUCCUUGCCCCGAAAAUGGUUAUCCGUCCUCCUGCUGUUGACGAAAAAGAAGGACGAAACUCACUUUGGUUCAACAGGACAGAUUAGAAGAUGAUUUUAUAGUGCAUUUUUACAGUAUGCAGUUUUAUUGUGUGUAUUAUAAAUGUGUUUCCAAUUUGUCUUGUUUAUACGCAUAGACUACUAUUCAUGUAUCAAAUAUUUGUUCGUUACAAACCAGCGAUUAAGAAUUAUUUUAAAAGCCCCAUUAAUUGAAAAAAUAUUUCCCUUACAUUAAAAUAAACAAUAAUGUUUGGUAAAAUUGCCAAAAAUUACUAAUUUUAG